AUGGCUCGGAUACUUACCAUGCGUGACCAGAAGCUGGCGCCGUUCCGCUAUGUCACUGUUAUUGACAUCCGAGACGCCAUUCACAAAUGGGACCAUGACUUUGCCAUACUCUUGGAGUCUGCCGAUGCUAUCUUGGAGCCGCAUAUGAGUCUUGUUUUCAACGCGCUCCGUCUGCUUCGGAAUACUCUGGUCAUUCAGUUGUACCAGCUCGAUUGGCGCCAUAAUUUGUCGUGGGACUGGCUGGGAAGCGGUCGGGAGCUCGUGGCGAUAUUAGAGACCGAAGAAGCGGCUCGGAACAUCGCAGAUCUCGCUCAAACACUCCUAUGUCAUCCAAACAAAGAGUCGAUUCCACUGACCAUGUAA